CAAGUAUGAUUCGGUACACAGUGAGUUAAAGCAGCGAACUGACCGUCCCACACGACUCGUGGACGUGGACCGGCGAGGAUGGGGCGAGGCCCAGCGAGUGACAACCGGGAAGCAGCAGCUCGGUGGGCAGGGCCAUACUUUCCCGUGAUGUUGGUUGGACGACUGAGGAGGAAAUAAAACAAUUGUGACUGCGUUUCGGAAGACCGCGUGUUCAUUAAUGAUGACCGAAAUGGAGGUGAUGCAUUCCGGACAGCAGGACAUGGAACUGAUCGACAUUCUGUGGAGGCAGGACAUUGAUCUGGGGGCGCGGCGUGAGGUGUUUGACUAUAGCCACCGUCAGAAGGCGCACGAGCUGCAGAGGCAGCAGGAGCUAGCGGAGGAGAAGAGGCUGCACCUACUCCGUGAGCAGGAAAAGGCUCUCCUGGCACAGUUGCAGCUUGACGAGGAGACGGGGGAGUAUGUGCCACGGCUGUUACCCAGCGCACCACUGCAGUCAACUUCCGUGCCAUUGGAGGUUGCACAGGAUGUCAGCUUUACACAGCAGAGUGCUGAGACGUUGUCAUUUGAUGAAUGCUUGCAACUCCUCGCAGAGACGUUUCCAGUUGAGGAAAAUGAGGAUGUGCCUGUUGGCCUGGAAACGAGUGCCAGCAGCUGCAGCGUUUUGACAUCCCCCGAGCAGCCAUCUUUGGCCCCUCUAACACUUUCACCAGAUCCUCUGACAGCACCCCAGUCACAGAAGGAGUCUCUGGAUAUCGAGCAGGCUUGGAUGGAGCUGCUGUCACUUCCUGAGCUGCAGCAAUGCCUGACCCUACAAAUAGAAGAGGCACUAGAGACGACGGCCUACCCCCUUCUAAACAGCACUGAAGCAAAGGAUCCAAACUACUCCCUUUACCCCAUGUCCAGUCCAGGGAAAGAGAAGAAUACUUUAAAUAUGUGUCCUACAGUUUUUAUAAAUACAUUUGAUAGCUCAGUUCCCAACAUCACCCCAGCAGACAAUGCAAACCAAAUCAAAUCAGAAGUUCCCCAGUUAAACACUCAUUUCAACCUUAAUAGCUUUUGCAACACAUUUUACCCUGACCCCAUAACGGAGGGGAGCAGCAGUCAACAGGAUCUUGAAGAAAAAAAAUGCAAUAUCGUGUCCGAUGUUCACACUUUGUACAGCCUCUCACCUGAUACAUUUGAGCGGGGAAGAUGCAAUGUGCCUGCAGAAGUGCCUGACUUAGACUCUGGACUCUCCUCAAGUCCCCACGCAUGCUCACCUGGGAAAUCUCUGUAUGGCGAUGAGGGUUUCGACGGUAGUGAUUCUGAGAUGGAUGAGAUGGAACAGAACCCUGGCAGUGCAAAAUCUGACUACUCUGAAAUGUUCUCAUUGAAUUUUCAACCUGAUGAUGAUCAACGAGUCUUUCCUUUGUCCACAUUAACGGGCCACUUGCAGAGCCAGGAAGAUGAGCCAACAGGACAAAUGACAGAUCUGUCAGAGGACAACGGGCACUGUUCCUCACCUUUCACUAAAGACAAACGCAAGAGAGGGUCAGAUUCUCGUCUCUCUAGAGACGAACAGAGGGCUAAAGCCCUCAAGAUCCCCUUCAGCAUCGACAUGAUCAUAAACCUGCCUGUUGACGACUACAAUGAGCUAAUCUCAAAGAACCAGCUGAAUGAGACCCAGUUGGCCCUGGUUCGGGACAUCCGCCGCCGUGGCAAGAACAAGGUGGCGGCACAGAACUGCCGCAAGCGCAAAAUGGAGAACAUCGUGGGGCUGGAGAACGAUUUGGACUCGCUCAAAGAGGAGAAAGUACGUCUGCUGGGUGAGAAGUCCCGCAAUGUGAGCAGCCUAAGAGAGAUGAAGAGAAAGCUGAACAGCCUGUACCUGGACGUGUUCAGCAUGUUGAAGGACGAGGAUGGCAACUCCAUCUCCCCAUCAGACUUCUCGCUGCAGCAGUCCACUGAAGGUAGCGUCUUCCUCGUUCCUCGUACUAAAAAGACUAUCAAAAGCUAAGACCAACCCCUUUCUAGUAAUGUACUGCAGCCAUGUAGUCGCACUAUGCAACAAAUUUCUCAGCUUUAAGUAUCAGUAGCUCUGCAGAAUUAUUGUAUAGUUUUUGGUUCUUCCUGGAUGUUGUAAUAUUUUUGAUAUUUUAUCUCUUUUGUACUCUGCCUUCUUAGUUGACGUGAUUAUUUGUAAAUAGACAUCUGAGAUGAAUAACUGUUACUGUACAUGUAAAUAUUCAUACGGUAUAUUGUAUAUGUAUGCUAAGUGAUCGUUAACCAAACACCCUAUGAUUUGCUGCACAUUCUUAUGCUUUUCAAUAAACCAUCCCAGAGCUA